AUGGUCCCUUGUACCUUAUCGAAUGUUCUCUUUUCUUUUAGAUAUCAGCUUUCUUCUUCCCUUUCUUAUUUUCCCAUACUUCUUGGCCCUGUCUCCAACUUCCAAAGACUCGUGACGCGUGUCAUUAUCAGAGAAGAUCCUCGUGAGGUGUCUGUGUAUAUUGCAGACUACAUUAUCAGUAAGCUGAAACACACAUCCUCGAUGCGCUGA